AUGUGGCGCGAGAGGAUGAGCCUUCAAAAGAAACACUGGAUGGUGACACUACAAGAGGUUUUCUACCCUGCUCUAGCAGCUGUGGGGAUCCCCUCCAAUAUCCUCACCUUUCUGAUCAUCUGGAGGAGGAACUGCAUGCUCUCCAGAUCCAGCACCUUCUACCUGAUGGCCAUUUCUGUGGCUGACACCCUCGUUCUGGUUUUCAUUGUGGUUCUUGAGCUUUCUGUUAAGUACCACCAGCAGGAGCCGUUUUGGAGUUACGAGCCCUGGUGCAGCCUGAGGGACAUUUUUAGCUACGGAGCGUACAACGCCUCAACGUGGCAGGUGGUUGUGUUUACAGUGGAACGUUUUGUCGCAAUCCACACGUGGAAAAUGAAGGCUAAAAUCUGCACUCGGAGAUGUGCAGCAUGGACUACAACGUCCGUUUUCCUCUUCAGUCAUCUUUUUGCCAUUCCUUACUACUGGUCUAAUGCCUCAGUCCACGAGAACAACCAGACAAGAUGUAUAUACAAACCAGAGGCCCCGACUCAGUUCAUUCACACCCUGGUUGGGCUUCAAACGCUGCAAGCCUACAUAUUCCCCUUCCUCAUCAUCCUCACACUUAACGGGUUGACUCUGCGCCUGAUCUCUCUCAGCAAUCGGGUUCACGUCGCAGCCGAUUUGACUUCCAGGGUCAACAAGGUCACGCCCCUGCUGCGCUCCUGGAAGAGGAAAUCUGUGGUGCUUCUGGUGACUGUGUCCAUGACUUUCGUGCUGUUGUCCGUCACCCGUGCUAUAACUCAGAUCAUCCUCCGCACGACUCACAUGUACAGUCUGGAUCGUAAUGAUUACAACCUCCGGAUAAAUAUAGCAGCAGACACUGGCACCAUGCUGAGCCUGAGCAACGCGGCAGCUAACAUGUACCUGUAUGUUUGCACCCAGACUAAGUUUCGCCAGGAGUUCUUUGCCUGCGCCAGGCAGGUGUCUUUCUACUGCAAAAAAAAGCUCUAG